GUUUUUGUUAGUUAAGAAAUAAAAUCUGAUUUUAACAAACUUAAACGCUUUAUUAUGAUGAGUGCGGCCUUUCCUUCUACUUUUUGUGUUGGUUUGAAAGUGGCCUUGCUGGAAUUGCAGUUUGAGUGAAUAGUGUAUAACGGCACAUUCUGCAGUAGACGACCAGCGGCGAGGGAGGCAGACGGAAGAAGGGACAGAUGGUGAUUGUUUUUGAAAGACAUGUGAUAUUAAAGGUUUGAAGGAUUUACAAAUACAGAAGCCUUUAAGGGCAAGCCGCCAUGUCUAGCGGAAGGGGCGGUGGGGGAUGCCCCCAGGAUAACAUCCUGUGUUGUCCUAUCUGUAUGGACAUCUACAAGUCGCCGCGCAUGCUUCCUUGUCAACACACUCUCUGCGAAACCUGCCUCCACUCCUACAUCGUCAACAAGUCACGUGAGCGUGUGCUCGUGUCCGACUUCCCGUGCCCUGUUUGCCGUGUGAGCACACCUGCGCCACGUGCAUUUACGCGUAUUGACACGUGGGCAUCGCUUUUCCCGCUUAAUCACUUGCUCGUGUCCCUUCUUGAUUCGAGCUUUCAAGACAUGUUGGACCGUUCAGAGACCGGCUCUAACUCAAGUUUGCCGUCCGAAAGGUGUUCCGAACAUGGCGGGAAACCUAUUGAAUUCUUUUGCACUGAACAUAACUCAAAGCUUUGUAGUAAAUGUUUCAAGAAUGCCCACCGUCAGUGCGAGGUUUUGGACAUUGAGGAGCACGUUGAAUUUACAUUGCGUUUUAAUACCGUAAAAUCUGACGUUGAAAACGUCUUAGGUUACUUGAUAGAGGCCAUAACGAAGUUAAAAUCAAACAUUGAUCUGCUGUGCUUACAAAAGACAACCAUUCUUAACGAAGUCAAAGAGUUGAGGGGAAAAGUAGAAGCUUUGUUUAACUCGAUUGAAAUUGAAAUCAAAGAUCACGUUAAUGUACAGCAUGACGGAGAAAUUGUUGUAUUAAAGGCGCAAUGCGAGAAAUAUGAAAGAAUCAAGGCUGAGAUCAGCGCCUCGGAAACAACCUUAAAGGAAUUACCCAUAUCUGGAAAUAUUGGACAUUCCCUUGAGAAAAUUACAGUCGUCGAAAACGAAAUUAAGAGUCAGUUGGCAUUCAUCCAAAGUUGCCAUGCUAAUAUCAAACAAAUUAAGUUAGAAUUUGCAAUCGACAAUCAAUUGCUUUCAUUUCUGAACUCAUUCAGCCAGAUUGGGACAAUAAAUGCUAACUACUUUGACUCAAAUGUACAGGACCCGCCUGAGCUCCAAUCAAGAGGUUGUACCUUGAACGAAUCCUUCGUACCGUCCCGCGACAUAUCAACAACUUCCGAGGACCUCCAACCCUCCAGUCCGCUUUCCCGCCACGUAUCACCGCGUGCCAUCUUUAUUGCCAGACCACCUGCUACUAUUUCCGCUGUCACUGACGGUGAAUCACAAGGCGCCUCAAGCCAGAUGGAAACGUUGACACAGCCCCGGCAGCCCAAAGAGCCGAAGAGGCCGAAGACCGUCCCUAUUGAGUCAACUGCUCCGACGCCCGUCGUCCGCCCGCGACCUGAGAGACCAGAAGUGAAGGGAAUGAUACCACACUUUCUUCCUAGGUCCUGCUCGAGCCCUAUCGGGCAUACUCCUAGCGUUGGUCCGAGUAACACGGAUGUACCCGGUAGAUAUAUCGUGAACACAACGCAAGAAUUAUUACCAAACGGAAGUAAUUAUCCGGACGAACAUCGCGGCCAUUCAUCUGGUUUUCCCGCGAUUUUAGUCACCGGAAUUGCAAACAGUCCGUCCAUUUCCGGCAAGCCGCCGGUAACCGAGAAGCCGAAGCAUCGCUCGUGGCAGUACGUUAACAUGGUAACCAGCCCCGGCGAGCACUCGACCGCCCGAAGAAACUCGGAAAGCGGAGAGACGUCUGAAGACGCUACUGUAGCCAGAAGCUUAUUUCGAAGCCGCUCUUCGUCCGCGUCAAACAGUAAGGAAGAAAAAUCAAACGUUUCUUCUGGUGCAGCGUCUAGCACCAUUGACGACAAGUUUGCGACGUCAGUUAGCGCUGCAACCGUUUCGUUUAAUCAGCUAAUACGUAGCUUCCAAAGCAAGGCAAAUACCCAGAUGAAGGAGUCUGAAAAUUCACCCGUUUAUGAAAACUCUCUCCUUGCUUCUUGCGCGUCAACUCCAACCGGCGAAAAGUCAUUUUCGUUUUGUGCGGCGCCAAAUGCUUCCGAGGCACGUAUCCCAAAACAUUGUACGCGAAUGAAAGAUAUCGCCAUCAGAAUAGAGUGCGACGUCCGCGAAUGCACGAUUACGGGAUCUGUUGAAAUCGCCGAUAGCCGCUUGAUUCUUAUAGAUUGUAAUAACAGUAAGGUGAAGCUGUUUGAUACUGAUUUGACAUACGCGGCUCAUUUAGAUAUGGCAAAAGAACCAUGGAACGUUACAACAAUUUCCUCAAACGAAAUCGCCGUUACGGUUCCGUUAGAGAAAACAAUCCACGUGAUACGUGUUGCGACGUCAUGUAUGUCAACAUUACGCUGCAUUGCGACAAAACGUGAGUGUUGGGGCAUCACGUAUCUAGACCGAAAGUUUAUAACCACCACGAAGGAUGACGGCAACCAAGUUGCGUUUCUAGACGGAAACGGCCGGGAGUUACAAAUCGUUAAUUUUUCCUCACGGGAAAAUCCAAACAUAUUGCGUCCAGUUUCCCUUUCACCGUCCAAAAAUGGCAAUUUUUUGUACGUCUGUUGUGAAGGACAGUCUGGUACGAAGGGUUCUAUCGUAAGUAUGUCCAUAGGCGGCGACGUUCUUAACGUUUACACUUUUAAGGAACUUGAUCGGCCAUAUAGCGCGGCUAUUGAUCCUUACAACGAUAAUGUCUACGUAACAGCAAUACGUUCCGCUAACGUUCUUGCGUUGACGGAAGGUGGAUCCUCGGUAAAGACGCUACUGUCACGUGACGUUGGUCUCACGCGCCCACAGCACAUCCACGUGACGUCAUGGGACGACAAAACGGUUCUCAUCCUAACCGAACGACGCUCGGACAGAGCAAAUGUUUAUUGUAUGAAUUAGAAUUUUGCUUUUAAUAUGUCUGUCCGAUUUGAAGUUUACAUCUUUCAAUCUAUAUGUUCAGCUAACGUCACAAAUAUUUGAAAACAGUUGUUGUUGCAUAACUUUAUUGUUGAAACAUUCACAUAUAUUUAAUGCAGACAGGUGUCAUUGUUUAACCAUGAUAAGUAUAUACUAUUGUGAAGUUUUCGUCUUUGCAAAUGUUGUUUAUGAAAUAUUUUGUUUUGCAUGUGGUGUUGAUUUAUUUACUUUUGAAAACAUUUACGGCGUGAUGUGCUUUUAUUUUAAAUCGAUUGAAGUGGUUUGUUUGCAAGUCUUAUACGAGUAUUGUAUUUUAAAAUGGGAAAUCGGCAUCACCGGUGUGUGCGUUUUGUAUGUAACAAUAAAAAAUGUUUUAUA